CCUUGGCCGCAACCCAUCGCAACCCUCACGCCUCGACCAAUUUCGACAACCAGCUUCAGCACCCAUUUUCUUCCCUUUUUUCCCCAAUCCCUCACACAAACCGCAAAAAUGGGUGGUGUCUCAGUCAAGGACGUCGACGCGCAGAAGUUCAUCAACUCCUAUGCUGCUUUCUUGAAGCGCCAGGGAAAGCUUCCCAUUCCAGGUUGGGUUGACACUGUCAAGACUGGACACUCCAAGGAGCUUCCUCCCCAGGACAUUGACUGGUUCUACACCCGCGCCGCCGCUGUCGCCCGCCAUGUCUACCUCCGCAAGACCGUCGGUGUUGGCCGUCUGAGGAAGGUUCACGGUUCCACCAAGAACCGCGGCUCCCGUCCCUCUCACCACGUCGACGCCUCCGGCUCCGUUGACCGCAAGGUCCUCCAGGCCCUUGAGAAGAUCGGCGUCGUUGAGCACGAUGAGGACAAGGGUGGCCGCCGCAUCACCCAGGCCGGACAGCGUGAUUUGGACCGUAUCGCCCAGACCACCCUCGAGGCCGAGGAGGAGGACGAGGAUGACGAGUAAACAUGUGCGCGCAUCUUGUAGCAUACAAAAAGCAGGAGGGUUUGGAUCGCUAGCGAGCGAGCUGAGCGGCAAAGCUCUGGGCACACGCAUCUCCUGCUGAUUUGGGGUCGGGGGUUU